AUGUUGAAUAUUGCCUUGCACAUGUGGGACAUGAGCCCGAUCCCGCUCUUCUAUGGCUUAGACAAUUAUAGUGAACAGUCAAUCGUGGAUAUGCUGAAAGAAGGGUUCAAUCAUGGGCAAGUGAAGCAGAAGAUAAGAGAAAGAUGCAGAAACUCAACUGAAAUCAGUAGGACGGAGAAUCGCCUGUUUUUCGUUACAGUUGGAGACAUACGGUUUGGCUGCACCAUAAUUACAUCACUCGUUCGAUUUGUCUUUUUAGAUCAUUCGAUGAGCGAGAGCGACCUUGUAACCCUGUUCGAUAAAGUGAAAGAAUUGGUUCCCGCGUUUGCGCCCGAUUUUUUCAUGAGUGACGACGCUGCAUCAUUUCGUCGCGUGUUUCCUAAUGCUCACACGCGGAAGAUACUUUGUAACUGGCACGUAUUGCAAGCUUUCAAGCGUUCUGCUAGAAAGAAAUUGACUCAGUACUCAAUACAAGCCCGAAACGCGCUUUUCUAUCAUCUCCUUCCUUUGGCCGUCGUUGCUUGGGGAAUUCAUGUCAAGGAUUCGUCUAGUCAGCAGAUCAUGCAAACCAGUUAA